GCUUCAUCGGCCAGACGGCAGACGAGGCUGCGCCGCUCGGCCUGAACCAUGCGGGCCAAGCUGGAGGUCCUGGCUCUGGUCCUGGGCUCCGUCGGCCUGAUGGGGACCGUGGCCAUCGCCGCGCUGCCCACCUGGAGGGUCUCGGCCUUCAUCGGCGCCAAUCUGAUCGUGAUGGAGGAGCUCUGGGAGGGUCUGUGGAUGACCUGCUACAGACAAAUCGACGUCAACAUGCAGUGCAAAGCGUACGACUCUCUGCUGGCCCUGCCCCCGGAGCUGCGGGCGGCCCGGGCACUCACGUGCGUCUCCAUAGCUCUGGUCGUCGUCUCCUUGCUCGUCACCGGCUGCGGGACCCAGAAGAGCAUUUGCUGCAGCGACGAUGUGAGGAUGAAGAACGUGGCCCUGGCUCUCGGGGGAAGCCUGUUCCUGCUCUCCUCCCUGGCCACGCUCAUCCCCGUCAGCUGGGUGGCGCACACCGUCGUCAGAAACUUUUACAACCCCGCCGUGGUGGACGCUCAGAAACGGGAGCUCGGAGACGCUCUCUUUAUCGGCUGGGCCACUUCUGCCCUCCUGCUGAUCACAGGCGUCAUCCUCCUGUUCCAAUACAGCAAGCGCACGUCAAAAGAACAGGUCUUCACUGGAGAGCAUCUCAUGACGGAGAAGGAUGUGAAGAAAGAGGACAGCAUCUACCUGCCAAGGACAGCGUCAAGCUUCCAUAAGAUUCAAGAAUAUGUGUAAACUCUCCUUCAGAGGACGGACUGCAUGUUAAAUAUCCCUAAAGGGUUAAAAUACCAUCUCUGAAAGGUUGAAACUGAAUGAAGUAUGAAUUUAAAAAAAUGACUUUGCGUUUUGCAAUCCUGAUCUCAUCAUCUGUAUCACGCAAACAUGUUUCAGUGUUUCAGCUAUAAUCAUUUGCAUAAAUUUUCAUCAACGUCUGGCAACUGAAGACUGUGGCUGUAUUAUAACGAAAGAGAAAUUAACUUUUUUUUUUGACAUUUUUAAUGUAAUUUUGUCUGACAACUAUCUGUCAUUUUGUUCUUCAUCAUAAUUAUUGGAUAACCAAGUGAACACUUCAACUUCAAAGAAGGUUUGCAUAAAUGUUUGUUCUUGUAUAAUUUUAUUUCUACAAUAAUACAAUCCCAACCUCAAAAAUAAAACUAAUAUCCUGCAAUUCCAGAGUCAUUCUUCCUGCUCCGUCAAGUAAAAUGCACAGAAAGACUCGUAACGAACGAUGUUUUCAAGUGUUCAGAUACAGUCACCUUCAGCAGAGCUGCUGGAAACUGAGCUGUUCAGGCUCAUAAAUGAAACCGAUCCUCCUCAAGUUUCUGUCUGCGACACCUUUUCAUCAGCUCAGGUUACUAAGAGAAGAGCAGGCGCUUUAACGUCUGUGAUCUUCCAUCGGCUUUCAGGCUGUGGGACAGAAAUUUUUAGUUCAAUCAUCAGUUUAACGAACAAUGAUGAAUAAAACACAGUAUUUUAAAACUCAAAUGAACAUUUGUAUCAUAUUUACAAAUCAUUAAUAAAAUGUAUGUUCCAAAUGCUAAAUAUUUUCAUUUUCUUACCAAAAUUAAUUAAGAGACAUAUUACUUUUUCAUAAUUAAAAAGUUUUUAUCUUUGUUUCUCUGACAACUGAUUUUCUUGCUCAUGUCUUCUUAAGCUGAUUUCUGUCUUUAAACUGCAUUUUGUACCUUUAAACAUGCUGCUGACGCCUGUCGUGCUCUACAGCAACACCCACAGUGUGGAAAACAAACGGGGUGCAAAAUUCAGUUUGUGUUUUCACACUUAAUUUUACUGAACAGUGACAGUAAAGGGCAUUAAAAUUUUUCUAAUGCAGAGUUGGCUAA